GAUUCACCAAAUUACCGGUAAGACAGUUAUAAAAUGGUGCCAGUGCAGGGCAAAGUUUCUAGUGAUAUUCCUAAAUGGCAGCUUGCGCUUCUGCUUGGUGUCCCAGUGACAAUUGGUGCAGCCGGACUUUACUACUACUACAAAAAAAAUAAGAGCAAGAAGAAUGCUAAUAACCGCGGGGAAUCUAGUAAAGGCAGCAAGCCGGAUCAAAGAUCCGAUGAGCACGUGGAAAAGAAACCUUCAACUCCCAAUGAAAUAGCCGAAAGUCUGAAAACAGAGGGCAAUAUAUUUUUCAAAAAAGGACAAUACGAUUCGGCAAUUGAAAAGUAUACUAGAGCUAUUGAAGCAUGUCCAAAAGAAAGCCAGCAACAAUUGUCAACUUAUUAUCAAAAUAGAGCCGCAGCUUAUAGUCAAUUAGGUAAACAGCAGAAUGUUCUGGAAGAUUGUACUUCCGCUCUGGAAUACAAUAAAUUUUAUGUAAAGGCCCUUUCAAGGAGAGCCAAAGCAUUCGAAGCUGUUGAAAAAUUGGAAGAAGCCCUAAAUGAUGCAACCGCUCUUUGUAUGUUAGAACAGUUUGGUAAUCAAUCAUCCAUUGCUUUUGCUGAUACUGUUUUGAAAAAAUUAGGAAAGACAAAGGCUAGAGACUUAUAUGCCAGCAGAAAACCGCUUCUACCUUCGAAGGCGUUUGUGAAAAAUUAUUUCACAGCGUUUGUAAAUGAUCCUUUAAUAAGAACGAUCGUUGAAGAAGAUACUCCUUUGCGCCAAGCUCUGGAAUUAAUAAAGGAUGGUGAAUUAGAUAAUAUCGAAACACUGUCCACAGCUGAACUAUCAAAUAAUGAUUCCAAAUAUCAUCAUUUAGCUCUAUUGUUAAGAGCAACAUUCCACAUGCUGUCCAUGAGUUCAGAAAAUGCGCUAUCUGACUUGGAGAUGUUGCUUCGCGAAAAGGAAUCAGCAAGAGAAAUAAAAUCUAACGCCUUAAUCAAACGUGCUCUCCUAAAGAUGCAGUCGGCUAACAGAGAUGGAGCCAUGAAAGAUUUCGAUGAAGCCGAACAGUUGUAUUCAGAUAAUGCUGAUAUUUAUCAUCACAGAGGUCAAAUAUAUCUAUUGUCAGAGCGAAUGGAAGAUGCAUUACGUGAAUUUGAAAAGGCUAUAUCAUUUGCGCCAGAAUGUGAUGUUGCACAUGCUCAAAAAUGCUAUGCAGAAUUUCGUAAAAUGAGUGAAAUCAAUCCCGCAAAAAAGCAGGAAGCAUUGAACAACUUUGAAAAUAUCAGUAAGAGAUUCCCGGAUAGUGCUGAGGUAUCUGCUCUCUAUGGCCAAGCACUCACUGAUGCGAAAGAUUUCGAAAAAGCUGAGAAAUUCUAUGAUAAAGCUUUAGAAAAGCAAACGGAUUCUGGCAUGUUGUACGUUCAUAAAGGUUUACUUUAUGUACAAUGGAGGAAUGACAUAAAUGCAGCUGUUGAAAUGUUACAAAAAGCUGUUGAAACUGACCCAUCUUGUGGAUUUGCAUAUGAGUCUCUGGGCAGUAUAGAGGUUCAAAGAGGUAAAUUUCAACCAGCAAUAGACGCUUACACAAAAGCUCUGAAUUUAUCAAGAACCGAAGAGGAGAUGGCACAUAUAUAUUCGAUGGUAGCUGCAGCAAAAGCUCAAGUAUCCGCCGCAAAGUACAUGGGUAUAGAAGUUAACUAAACUUGAUUAGUUAUAAUCUGAAUUUCGAACAUAAACCGUGGAUUUCUUUUUUUAUUUUUUGAUUUGUUUUUAAAUUUUGGUUUCUAAGUGGUGUAGUAAACAGCAUCCUGUUUGUGAACUCGAGAAAUAGUACUUGUAAUAGUAACAAUCUAAAAAAAUGUUUAUUUAUAUUUCUCAAACAGUUUAUUCUUGGUUUUGUAAGAAAAGCAAACAAUGAAAAUCAUUAUAUGAAGAGAAAUAUAAUUAAUUGAAAAAGUUAAAUAACAAAAAAGUUUCAAUUGUUGAUAACUUUAGUUGCAUUUUUUCUUUUGUUAAAUAAUUAAACAUAAAUCUAUCUGAUAAACUCUUUCAUUAGUUUUAAUUAUAUUGCCAAUAGCAUUCUUUGUCUUUAUGAUUGAGAGGGGAGAUUUUAUGGCAUUAAUAUUGUACUAUUUUGAAUAUUUGUAAGUACUCAACAGGAAACACAGCAAAACUAUAGAAAAAAAAUUGCUAAGGACAAUAACUUAAUUUUUAAUAUAGGCUUUUUUUUCUGUGUUACUAACUAUCUUUGGAGUGUUUAUUCCGAUUUUGUGUGAUAACUUAGCAUCUAAACGUUUAAUCAGUUCCUUACUGUGAUUUAUUCCCUCUUCAAAUUGUUUCUGAUCCUCAACGAAUUGCUUUUGCUGAGCAGCAAAUCUUUUUCUCUGAUCGUCUAAUACGUCGUUUUGUAGAAAAUUUAGUAAAUUCUGAUUGGCUAGUUGCUUAACUUGAUUAGAAAUUAAUCUUUCCUGAUGGAUAAAGCGAGCUUGCUGAUAAUCGAAUCGUUUUUGUUGAUCAAUAAAUUGUUUUUCCUGAUCGAUCAUCUUUGAUUUAACAUUAUCCGAAAAUUUUUUCAUUUCAUAUUCUAGUGUAGAUUGAUUAUCAUCCAUACGAAUUUCCCUAAAAUCUUUGUUAUCCGUUGAACUAUCCGACAAAGACUUUAUUCUAGACGCUUUCAUAUCCAUUUAAACAAUUUUCUGACGUCUCAUUAAGUAUUUUAAACUACACUUUUCACUAAUACUUGAAAGUUUUGAUAAGAAUUUGAAUGUAGUUAACCAAUCAGCUACAAGUUGUGAACAAGACGCCAAACUGCUAUAGAAUGAAGCAAGAAACGAUAGAACUCACUUACUCUUUACCAAUUAGCUAAACAGCUAAGUUGUCAGUACAAAAAGUUAUUAUUAGGUCUAUAGGUUAAUAGUAGUUUAAUAAUUAAGGCUACAGUCUGUAACCCAUUAGCCCAUUGGUGUCACUUAACGCAGACUUUUAAUGUUUGGAAGCAAAAUAGAUUAAAUAACGAAUAUAAAACUACUGUAUAGAGAUUAACGAUUUCUUCAAUUUUACUCUAAAAGGAAGACAAACUUUUAUACGGACAAUACAAAAAAAACCUGUUUAUUCUAAGGGCUUAAAUUAAGAGAGGAUUAAGGUUUUUUUCCUCCGAAUCUUACGUUUCUUGACGACCAGUUAUAGCUCUCAUUCUGGCAUUUUGUAUUUCUAAAUGAUGAUUUCUAUGUUCUAGAAUCUCCCGUUUUUCAGCCUCCAUUCUAAUAGAUUCAUCAAAUGCUCUAUUAUUUUUCUCUACCUCUGUUAAUUUCUCUCUUAAACUUUUGCAUUGCUCUGAUAAUUGGACAGAUUCCUUUGUUUUUGAUAUUAACUGUGAUCUGGCAUCCUCCAAAUCAGCAGCUAGUUUUUGAGCUGAUUGAAAAAAUAUGGCUCUUUCUUUUUCGUAUAAAGUUAAGUGUUUCUUUAAAUCAUCUAACUGUUUUAAAUCGUUAGGUUCUUCUGACGAUUUGCCGUGUAGUGUUUCGGUUUUUCUUUUUAACGUCGCAAUUUGACCUUGACUCUCAGCUAAUUGUAGUUCCAAAGUUUGAAUAUGAGCUUCUUGAGUAUAGAAGCUUGUUUGAACAGAUUGUAGUUGUUUUUUCAGAAUUGCUGCCUGAUCUUUCUCGUGUAAAAGUUCUUGUUCAAGUUUAGCGCUACUGAUUCCCGCAGAUCUAAUAGUGUCUUCCGUCAUCGACUUAUGAAUUGAGUGUCUUGAUCCCUGAUUAAGUCUAAGAGCUUCCAAAUGCUGUUCGGCUAAUCGUCUAUUAUUUAUUUCUUGGUGUAACCGUCUCUUUAACGCAUCGACAGUUUUUUCAUAGUUUAUAUUCGUUGAACGUAAAGAAUCUCCAACAUCGUUGAGAGCGACUAAGGAUGCUUCGGUUGCUUUCAAAUCCGUAGCUGUCUUAUUUAAGCUAUUCCUUAGUUGAGUGAUUUCCUCAUCAGAAUUGGAUGAUAGUUGCUGAAGGUCUGCGUUAAGACCAAACACUUCUUUAGUAUACUCUUCUUUAACAAUUUUCAAUCCUUCUUUUAAUUGAACAAUAUUCAUUCUCAACUUAUCAUUUUGUUGAAUUAAUUGCGUCUGCUUCUCUCUUUCUGUUUGAGCUUCUUCUUUAUAUUGUUUUGUAAUCAUUUCCAUAUCUCUUAAGUCAGCCUCCGAUUGCAUUAACUGACAUUCCAAUUCUUUGCGUCCUUUAGCUUCGGAAUCUAAUUGUCCAAUGGAUUGAUAACAGCCUCUAAUUUGCAAGUCUUUAGCUCUAAUUUGCUCCUUAAGAUCAACUAUUUCGUCCCUUAAACUGCCGAGUGUAUCAUCUGAUAUACCUUUCUCUCUUUUUAUGUAAUCGAUGUCAUUCAUAAAAUCUUGUCUUAUCUUGUCCAAAGUUUGUUUAUACUUAAUCUGCUCCUUAGAUAAGAGUUCUUCAUAGUCCUCUAAUUUUCUGUACAAACUUCUGGUAUCUUCGACUAAGCGCUCUUUUUCAGCUCUACAUUGUUGCAUUUGUAUCGUUUCCUCUUGUAAUCUCUUCUCCAACGAAAUAACUUGAACUUCGUAUUGUCUUAUCUUGUCUUGCAGUUGAGACAUUUGCUUCUCUUCAAGUAAAUAUUGUUCCCUCAGGGACAUAUGUAAGUUCUGUUCUUUAUCUAAUGCUGCUUGCAAUAUCUCUAAUUCGUUUCUCAUCUUUUCCUGAGUAUCGUUCAAGAAGACUAGUUCAUGCUUCAUGUCGGAUGAUUUUUUUUUCUCAUCUUUCAGAUUAGCCUCUUCGGCGGCCAACAAUUGUUUAAUAUGGUUAAUUUCCUUUUGUAGGAACUUAUUUUGUUCAUUUAAUUUAUUUACACGUUGGUGAAGGCAUUUCUUUUCAUCUUCAACAGCUGACAAUUGACCUUCGGCCGCACGUAGAUUUGUCUGCAGAGAUAUUAUCAUGUUUUGAGAAUUUUGAUACAUUUUCUCAGAUUCUAGAGAACUAUUUCUUGCGUCUCCAAGCCUUCUAGCACUUUCAACAAUAUCAUCUUUUGUCCUCUUUAACUCUUCGCCUAAUCUCUCAACGUCUCUUUCAAGAGCGUAUCUAUUUGAUAGCAAUUUUUCUUUCUCUUCUUUCGUCUUUUCAAUGGCUUCUUCUAAAUUACAAUUCUGUUUACAUUUUGUAUUAAACUCCGUCAUAAUAUGUUCAAUCUCGUUUCUACUAGCAAUAUUCUCUUCCGUAACAACUUCCAGUUUUCUGUUCAAAUCUUCAAUUUCCAUACGAGAAGCUCGAAGAAGAUUUCUGGUGUGGCUCAUUUCGGAAGAUCUGGCUUCGGAUUCUGAUUUCGUACAGGCAAUUUCAGCCAUAAGUUGGCGAUUGUCUCCUUUAAGGAUGUUAACCGCUUCUUCGUAGUCUCUUAAUUGUUUUCUCAUUUCUAAUUCAAUAUUAGUUAUCUGCUCUCUAGCGGUCAGCUCAAUUUGUCCAAUCUUUUCAUCUUGAUUAAUGAGUUCAUUUUUGAAAUUAUCCCUCUCGACUGCUAAUUUAUUCAUACUAGAUUCUAAAUCAGCUCUGGACGCCGUCAAUUGAGAAACAAUACUCUUUUCAAUCAUUAAUUCUCUGGCAAACUGUUUUACUCUUCUAAACAUUUCUGUAUUUUCUUGACAGAUCUUAUCCAAUUCGCUUUUCGUUGCCGAAUAAUCAUGCCGAAGGGCGUCAUUUUCAACUUCUAACGAUCUGAAUUUUAUUUCUGACUCUACAAUUGAGUUUGUCAGUUGUAGUUUGCCAUCUUCUACUAAAGUUACUAAGCCUUCCUCUAAUUCUUUGUUUUUCUCAUAAAGUAUACUUUCUAAUUUUCUCGUUUUCGACUUUUCCUUCUCGUAAUCAAUUUGAAGAACGCGAUUCUUUGUAAUUAAUUCAUCAGUCUCUCUUUCAGCUGCCUGAACUCUCGUUUGCAAGGCGACCAACUCGUCUUUAGUAAUAACGUUUUCCUUAUCGGUUAAACUCGAUUCAGAAAUAUCUCCACCCUUAAUACCCUUCAUAUUUGGACCAGUAAAUAUUCUACAAAUACCUACUGGGUCGUCAAAUGAGUUUUCAACAUUGUUAUUACUCUUAUUCAACGACGAUUCUUCCGAAUGAUUAACGUUUAAACCUCGUUGAAAUUUCUGAGAGAUGCUAAAUAAAUCUUCAUCUUUUAAAUCAGCAAGAAUUUCACUAUCAAGAUCUAACUUUUCUCCUUUUCCUAAUUUUCUUGUAACGUUAUUAACCCUUUCUUUAAAACUAUACAUAUUUCUAUCCAAAGCGUACAUGGCCCUUUUCAUGUCAUUUUCAAAUAUUUUUAGUUCAGUUUGAUUGUAAUUUAGGGCAGGUAAUAUAGCCGGUUGGUUUCCCUCGUUUCUCUUUACCCUCUCCAAUCUACAUUUCGUUUCGUUCAUAUUUAAUAAAACAUCUUUCAAAUUCUCGUUUCUCAGAACAUAUACAGCAUCGAUUUCCCUACUUAAUAUUCUCUGUUUUAAGUCAACAUCCGAAGAUAAUAGGCAUUGCAUCGAAGCAUCCUUCAAACAAAUUUGAUUUAGUUCGUUGUCACUCUCGAUGACUUCAAUCAAUUUCUCAUUUAAAAGAGCAUAUACUAAAAGAUCAUAACUUGGAAUAAACUUCUUUACUCUAGCCGCUUCGUACGCAUCUUGAAAUUGUUUCUUUUCCAUAGUUUGUCGAAUUAUUUCUAUUUUGUGUAGUUUUUCAUAACCAUCAUCGCUAAGUAAAAGUUCAGCUAAAAUCUUAUGAUUUUCUGUUAGAUAUUCAUGGAAUGUCGAUUCUUGUAAAAGUUGUUUUCUUGUAAUAUCAUCUUUUAACAAAAUAUCGAGACUUUCUCCUCCAAAUCUUGUGAAUGCGUUGUUAUUCUGACUCUAAAAAACAAUUGGAUAAGAGAUAAAUCUAUUAUUAUUUUUAAUUGCUAAAAGGGUUAAGUGUUUAACUAUUAGUUGUUUUCCUUUUUAAUGAAUACCGAAGAAUUUUUACCUUCUCAACGUUAUUCAUGAUAUUAUUGAUGUAAUAAUGAUUGAUUUGCUGGAUAAAUGAUUAAAUUAUAAUCAGUGAUGAUAACUUGUUUUGAUAGAUGUUUGGAUGAAAAAUGAAUGACCUUUAUUUAAAUUUGAAAUUUCAUUUUAUUACAUAAUAUAAGAAAUGACAUGUCUUUUUCCCUCUUAUUUUGGUCUAUAUCGACUAUUUCUUUAUUAUACUUUAAUAUUUAAAUAGAAUUUUUUAGUUGCACGAAAACUUAGUGAUAGUUUGAAAAUUCUUUUUUUGGUUCAUUGCUCCUUUAAAAGAUCUGAAUAUAAAUUAAUAUAGUUUCUAAAACUAAAUAAAUUCACAGUGACGUUACUAAAGUCUAAAAAUAACUCAAAUUAUAUUUUUACAAAAGCUUGAUCAAUUUUGCCCAAUUUAGAUUGUUAAAUAGCUUUGCUGAAUAUCUUCUCAAUUACCG